GUGCAGCACUUCAGUAUUAACUACAAACAUCUCAAAGUGACAGUAUCCAAAAUAAACGAAUAACAACAUAAUGGCGUGCGACCUAAGAAAAUUUUACACCACCACCCUGCUACAUCUCUCCUGAUGGAUUUGAUGUGCCAGGAGUUUCAUCGGGCGAAUGAGCCUGAUAGAGAUUUGAGGGUAGUACGCAGGAUUUUUGAAAACGCGAAGAUACCAAAAAUAGUCCAGUAGUAUAAAAAGGGCUGCAUGGACCACCAGGCAACUAUAGAAUUAUGUCACGAAAUAUUAAAAAUUCGUGGUGAAGAUCGUGAUAAUCGAGUGCGGAUGAUUAGAAAUCGUAAGUGGUACCCAAGUGGUAGCUCAUAUACUUCUACUUCUCUAUCUAAUAAAGCUCGUACUAAUGUCAUAAAUUUAUUCACAGCUAUUGAAAUAAAAUCGUCUACGAUUAUAGUGACAACGGCUGUCAUUCAUGAGCAACCGGCAUCGAUAUUAGCAUCGACACCAUCGUCGUCACCUCCAUCACCAUCAUCGUCAUCAUCACCACCAUCACCAGCUCCCUCAUUGUUGCCAAUACAGCCACCACUACCACAACAAUCAUUAUCAUUAACACCACCAGUACCAGCAUCAUUUACUCCUCAACCACAACGAGGCGUGAAAAGACUGUACGAGGAGGAAGUAGAGUCUAAAAGUGUUUAUAGUAUAAAAUCCUACAAUCUGGAUGAUAUAGCCGUUAUGCGUCAGCAGUUGGACGCUGAAUGUGCGCAGCUCACGAUUCCGCAGAAGAUUUCUCAGCCUCCUGUAAUUAUCAUUUUCCACGAUGCUGAGAUAACGACAAAAAUGGAGCCUGCUUCGUCACCGUUACCCCCUACGGAGGAACAGGUUAUGACCACCAACACUACUACCACUACUACUACUACUACUACGGUUUUCGAUACACACUCCAAGAGUGAUAUGCUUUUAAUGUCUCCAAAGGUACAGGAAGUAUUGGAAAAUUUAUUAAACAUUAAGGAGGCGGUCAAAAAUAUUCCUAUAUAAGUCUAGUAAUAGUAGUAGUAUUAAGAAUAAUUUGUAUAAUAAUGAUAAUAAUAAUAAAAACAUGUUUUUUACUGUUAUAAUGUGUCCCUCUUUUACUCAUCCUUUGCCAAAUUAACCUUUUUAAACCUAAGGUGGGAAUGUAGGAUUUAGAUGAUGAUAAU